AUGAGAUCUAGUGCAACCACCGAGAAAGGCAGAAUAGGAGAGAAGGCCGGAUACGGGACAAGGAAAGGGAAAGGGAAAGGGAAAAGGGUCCUACCACGCGUCUGUCCGCUGACUCUUCUGCCUCGCGAAACAUGGGAGAGAGUUGCCUCAAGGGUUGCGUCGUCCUCGAUCCAGGAUCUGUUUAACAUGCAGGCGACCUGCAAGGUAUUUUUGGACACAGGCCGCUCGUCUGCGGUGUACAAGGUGGCCUCCAUGGCGAAGAUACCCGUCGUGUUCGGUUAUGACUUGGAGGACCGUCCUGAGGAUGGGUUCCUUUAUGUAAGCGCGCGCGCAGGAAAUCCGGGCGCUGUAUUCCGUAUAGGGAUGAGAGAAUUCUGUUGGAUGGGCCGACACGUCGCCGGGGUCGACACCCUGCUUGAGGCCGCCGAUGCGGGUGAUGUCCAAGCCCGCUACAUGUGUGCGAUGCUGCUGCUGACGCCAGGUGUUGGGGACGGGGCAGACGCUGGAAGGGGGGUUGAAAUGUUUGAGAACGUGCUGGCUGCUGGAAAAAUCGAAAUGUGCAGAGAAUUCUACGGGCAGUUGUUCGCAAAUCCGCUGAUUGGGGUGCACCCGUCGGUUCCAGGGAAGCCCGUCGUCUGCCGGUCAAGCGUCUGCCCGACUCGCGGGACCAUGGUUGCCACCAACGAUUCCUCGACUGUGUCCUGCGUCCACUGCCUUGCCGAGUUUGAGGUGUUGCAUUUCUUUAGUCUAUUUACUUUCAGAUGA